AUGGCUUGGGCACAGUUUAAGGAAGUUUUUUAUGAAAAAUAUUUUCCACAGUGUGUGAGAGAUCACAAGGUGAUAGAAUUUGAACAGUUAAAGCAAGGUACUAGGACAGUAGCGGAAUAUGAAGCUAAGUUCACAGAGCUUGCAGGCUACGUGCCACACAUGGUAGACACUGAGUAUAAGAAAGCCAGAAAGUUUGAAGGUGGUUUGGAUGUUGAGGUUUUAGAUCGAGUUAAUGUACUCAAACUAGAAAAAUAUGUUGACGUUUUGGAUAGGUCCAUCAUAGUUGAGGUGAAUGUUGCCGCACUAAAGCAAGCAAAGGCACUGGUGAUUGAAUGGAAGGGUAAAAGGCCGGGAUCUAAUUUCAAGAAGGGUUGGAAUAACUUCAACACUCCCCCGAACAAAAGACAGAAUACAGGAUCAUUUACUAGUUCAAGCCAAGGGACUAAUACACCUAUUUGCCCAGAGUGUGGAAAGAGACAUAAGGGAGUCUGUCGCAGAAUUUCUGGUGCAUGCUUUCGUUGUGGAAAAACAAGCCAUAUGAUUAAGGAUUGUCCUUUAGUUUCUCAAAGCAUAAGCCAAUCUAGGGCUAACUCAAUUGCAUCAGUGUCAGCACCAAGGGUAAAUUCGAAAGAAGCUACGGGAAAAGAAACUCUAAAGCAAGGAUGGGUUUUUGCAUUGGUACCGGGUGAUGUGCAGACUAUAGAGACGGUUGUGUCAUGUAUUCUUCCUAUCUGUUCUCAAAAUGCACAUGUAUUAGUUGAUUCGGGGUCCACACAUUCUUUCGUAUCCUAUGCUUUUGCUCCAAAACUACUUAGACCCUUGGAACUGAUGGACUAUGUGUUAGUUGUAACCUCUUCGGCGAGAGGAACUAUGAUUUGUGCAUCUAUGUAUCUUGCGUGUGAGAUUCUUGUUGGAGAUAUGAGUUUGUAUGUGGAUUUGUUACCUUUAGACAUUGCAUAUUUUGAUGUUAUCUUGGGAAUGGAUUGGCUAGCAAAAUAUUGUACUGCAAUUGAUUGUUUAACCAAACAAGUUGUGUUUCAUUUACCUGAUGGACCUGAAUUUAUAUUUAACGGGAAUAGUGUUACAUCUUCCCCAUAUUUGAUUUCCUCUAUGAAAGCGAAUAAGGAAAUCGAGUUCACUAUUGAGGUAGUACUGGGUACCCAACCGAUUUCUAAGACCCCAAAUCGGAUGUCAACUACUGAAUUAAAAGAGUUAAAAACUCAGUUACAAGAAUUGCUGACUAAGAAAUUUAUCAGGCCUAGUACAUCUCCAUGGGGCGCUCCAGUGCUAUUUGUCAAGAAGAAGGAUAGAACUUUAAGACUCUGUAUUGACCAUCGGGAAUUGAAUAAGGUGACAGUAAAAAAUAAGUACCUGUUGCCACGUAUUGAUGAUUUGUUUGACCAACCACAAGGAGCACAAGUAUUUUCAAAAAUUGACUUGCGGUCUGGAUAUCAUCAGUUAAAAGUGAAAGCUGAAGAUGUGGAGAAAACUGCCUUCUGA